CUAUAACAACAAUACACACAUGAACUUGCCCACCAUCGCACAGAUAUGACGGGCGCACAUUAUGAAGUGGGAGAUGAGUGCUUCAUCAGGUAUCCCACUGAGAAAGGAGCGUUUGUGCGCGCUCAGAUAUACAAGAAGGGCGAGAGUGAAAAGGAAUUCCGUGUACAAGUUAUGGAAACAGCAACAGUUGGCGGUGAUAAUUGUGAGAUACAAGGCAAGAUGGCAGAUGACCAACUGCAAGUCAAAACGAACGAGAUGUAUCAGAUCGUUUCACUGUCACACACAGAUGCUAUGGCAGGGGUGAUGUGCUUGUACUUCAACAAACCUCACGGUUACUUCGUGUCGGCAACGGUGAUUAAGAAACACUUUGAUGACGACCCCCCAUACUUUACUAUUGAGCUAAAGACCACCAAAGAUCAGAGGCAAACGAUUAUGGAUCGACUAUAUGUGCAUCCACUGCCGGAUGGUAGCAAGACACACCUAAAUACACACAAGAGCAAGAAAUCACACACAAGUACAAGCAAAGCUGACCAACUAUCGGGGAACACGACGGAGACACAGGGACAUGCACAUAACAACAAAUCUAACGCUGGAUCCGGUGCGAGGUCUAAUACGGCAAACAAUUCCAAGGAUAACGCCAACUCAAGUGGAAAGGUUGAAGCACAUGAAAAGAAUAAAGCGCACAAACACACUCGUUCCUCAUCCCCCAUGUUGACCAACGAAUCACUCCGCCUAGAUCGCAAGCGUGAAAAUCCGGGCAAUCGCAAGGCACAUGCCAGACGAUGGGAUCUAGGUGAGGGCUAUGUGCAGAGUGUUGCAUCAGACUUCCUGCGCUCUACUGCAAACCGUCGAAGGCAUUCUAGGUCACGUUCUCCGUUACAAGAGCGUGAGCGUAAACGUGCAAGAAGACAAUCUCGAUCUCGAUCUCGAUCUCGAUCUCGAUCGAGAGAUAGAGAUGUAGAUAGAGAUUUAGAUAGGGAUAGAGAUAGGGACAACUCGGAUGGCGAAAGGCGAAGGUACAGAGAAAGGUCACGCGACAUACGAGAUAGACAGCGGCGGAGUGGGAUUGACCGCAGCAAAGACGUGCCGCAACGGCACAGUAGGCGAGAAGGCAGGGACAAGGUUAGCUACAGGAAUGCGAACAAGGAUUUGUUCGGGGAGCCGAGUUCGAAUGCACAGCCUCAGAGAAAUAGUAGGCGCCCACGCCAGAGAAGCAUAGAUGUAGAACUUCAGCAGAUGGAGGAUGAAUUAAACAAAGUACUGCUCAAAAUCAAAUACUUGGAGUUCGAGGCGAGGCAAUGGGGCGAUCUGCAACACCUACAUAGGCCCACGAGAGAGGAGGAGGUCACCCUAACUAUGUUGUCAAAGCACCUGGAAGAAACCAUGGGAAGUCAUGAGGCAUACCCCCGACUGCGUGCACAGUGCAAAGAGUUCAGUACACGAUUAGGUGCAGUGAGGAAGACUCUGGGGAUUCAGUAUGACUAAGCUAUGUGAAAUACAAUGGAGAACCAUUGAGAUGCAUAGCGGUGUGAAGCAAGAAAUUAUAGGCACGGUAAAGGUAAAACACGUAUCAGCAGGCAUAUAUAUGUAUAGAAAUCGACAUGUUAUCCUGCUAACAACAAUGGACCACGGCUUU